AUAACUCCACUUCAGAAAGGAAAGAGCUUGAAACUAUGCUGUUAUUAUAGUGCCAAGAAUGAAACGGAAAUGUUCCGCUGCAAAACAGGAAUAGUUGCUAAAGAUACAGCCGGCAAGGUUCUAAUGUGCGCUAAAGAUGAGGACUGCAAUCGAGUGGAAGGAAAAGAACUGGCGGAUGAAUCAAAGUGGGACAACGAAUGUGUCGAGUCUCCUGAAUACAAUAUGAAAUUUUGCUGUCCUGUGUCAAAAUGCAAGGACGCGUUCACAUACAUGAAGGGAGAAUACGACUGCAAUGGAGUGCUUGAUUGUCUCAAAGAGGAAGUGGAUAAAACAACAAAGGCUGAUGCAAGAGCAAGAUGCGAAGAUUAUUAUGAAAAGAAUAAGCAAAAGGGCAAAAAAUGCUGUCCACUCGGCGAUACCAGGUUGCAGUUGGCCUACUGCACAAGGCGUAAGUGCGAAAACUAUGACCAAUGUCAAGUCACUCAGUAUUGCCACCCUACAAAAAAAACCUGCUGCUACCUUGGUAUCACCAAAUUAGAUGGAAAAAAACAUGAGAAUUCUACUGUGUGUCAGGGCAUUUGCCAGGAAACGAAAAUUUUCGGCAAAAAAGUCCCUCAGUAUUGUGUUAAACAGUCACAAGAAGGAGGAAUGUGCUAUGUUUCUCCUUAUGUCAUUGUUGAAGAAAAAGGUCGUCAUGCAAACAGAGCGUACAAAACGAUUAUGAUUAUCGCUAUAAUCCUCUUCUUGGUGUUUGCCUUCUUAGCUCUGAUCAUGUUCGUCAAUUAUCGAUCCAAGAACUUCUGCGACAAAUAUACACCUAAGAAGAAAAAGGGUAAAAAAGGCAAAAAAAGCAAAAAAAGCAAAUCGUCGGGCUCUACGACAGGAGGAAAAAGUGAAGUCUCUGGUACAACUGGUGGCACCAGCACAGGAGCAAGUACAGGAGCCGACACAGGAGCUAGCACAGGAGCUAGCACAGGAGCUAGCACAGGAGCUGACACAGGAGCUAGCACAGGAGCUAGCACAGGAGCUAGCACAGGGGGUGGUGAAGUUAGCGGCACAGGCGCUUAG